AUUGUUCGUAUAUUGUAAAAGAAAACCCCCGAAUAUUACAAUUUAUUAUUUUCCGGUCAUUUAAGGAGUCUUAUUCCAUCCUUGUCUGGUAAUAGCAUCCCCAAAGAAAAAUGUCUGGGGCUGGACCAGCACCUGACGCCAACGCGGCCUCCUCGCCUGAUCCCUCGAGUUCGGAAGAAGACUUUGACCUAUUUGGCGAAGAUACAGAUUCGACCUCGGCCGAUUUAAAAAAAGAGCUCCAGGACCGCGCGGAACGAGCCCGGCGCGCAAAGCUUGCCGAGCUCCCACCGCCCUCGGGACGGACAUGUGCUCAAAACCGGACGGCAUACAUCCUCACACCGGAACAACGUCUUCAGCCUACUAUACUACCAAAAAUAUUCAGCGUUCAAGAGUGCGAGUUGAUACUCGAUUCGGUCGUCGACUACGUCCAGCGCCAGGGUGGUCUACAGACCGACCGGCACGAGAAGUUCGCCACGACGGACGUGCCCGUGUCGGAGCUGACGCAGCAGUCUGCCGGCGAUGGAUCCGCUGCCCGUGGCAAGACUGUUGGUGAUGCGAUCCAUGAAUGGGUUGCAGAGAGGAUUCUAACCCAGAUGGCCAGCACGGCUGGGUUCAGACCCCGGGAUCUUGGUCUCAAGGAUCUGUUCGUCGUCUGUUACGCUGGGUCAGAGGAUGAUGAGACUGCUAAUAGUAUGAGGAAGCCGCUCGUUGGUGUGCCGGUAUAUCCUAUUCCCUCGAAGCAGGCGUCGCUUUCACUCCACAGCGAUGGCUGCCUCAUGAGUUUCUCGCUGUUGCUCAAUCACCACGAUGCCUUCUCGGGCGGCGGCACGUUCUUCAAGGGGAGUGGGGACACCUUUCGCGUGCAGCAGGGCGGACUGCUCAUACAUGACGCUGGAUUGGAGCAUGCCGGCGCCAAAAUCACUAGUGGACAGAGGAUCAUUCUCGUCGGUUUCGUUGAGACUGUUGACGUCCUGAGAACGAAGCAGGGCUGGGAACAGCAAAGCAUUCGUAAGAGGCGACAGGGGCGGAAUCCGAGUGAAUGAGUGUUUCGAGCAAGAUACUCUUUCUUUGACACUCGUGUGCCUUUACCCAAAAGCAAAAGGAACACCCUACUUGGCUGAGAAGUCGGGCUCUUGAGAAAGGGGUGAGAUGCAUGGUCUUGUCUACCUGGGCCGGAGCGGAGCAGGAAAUCAUCGCAACUCCUCGAUUGCCCAAGUUAUCGCGGCUCUUAAAGUAUAUCUCAAGCAGGAGUACAUAUAUAAUCAAUUUGCAGUGG